GUUUUGUUACAAGUUGCUGGAAGAUAUCGUUUAACUGAUGAUAGCAGAAACAAGUUAGGAGAGUAUGUUCAGAAAGCAGUUCGCCUAACCCGUACGAUGUUGACACUCCUCCCACCAACAGUCAUAUACCUUCCCCUUCACUAUAAUGACAGACUUCAUGACACUAACAGAGCAACAUGGGACGAGGAAGAAGCUGAAAAAAAUCCUAAACUGAGUAUUACUCAUUAUCGUCCUGUCCUUCUCUAUGGGAAUCAUCUUCAUGUUGCUGUCAAAGGUUUAAUUGGAAAAAAGUUGGAAUCAUCAAAACGUGCUCCUCCUCCUCCUCCUGCUGUCACUAAAACUCAAACUUUAAGUAUUCAUUCACCUUCUAAUUCUGUUCUUCCUUCUGCUCCUCCUCCUCCUGCUGUUCCUCUUGCUGUUCCUCUUGCUCCUGCUCCUGUCACUAAAACUCAAACUUUGAGCACUCGUGCACCUCAUUAUCCUCACCCUCCUCCUCCUCCUGCUGUUUCUGCUCCUCCUCCUCAUUCUACAAAACCUUCAAUUCCUCAUUAUCAUGUUGAUGAACACCAGUCUCAUAGUUCUCACUCUACGACAGAGCCAGCUCAUAAACCAAAAGGCCAAAGAAGAAACCGCUCACCAUCUUUCGAUAAGCCACUCAGCCCAGAUAAAAGACCAAAGGUUGAUGAAAGAGUGGAGAAUCCUCCCUCAUUAUCAUCAAGGAGAGAAAAAGUGGCUCCAUCAUUUCAACAUUCAUCAGCAACAGAGCAAAUUAAACACAAACUGCAGCAAAACUCAGUUCCAUCUCGAGCUGUACCAGAUACCCAAUAUUCAUCACAACCACCACCAUUAGUUGCAUAUCUACCAGCAUCACAAGGACAUAGUAGUACUCAAAUGAUAGAGAAAAGGGAAGGUAGCAUGUCAUCAACUCCUGUUCAAACUGCAAGAGCUAGCCAUCAAAAACAGUCAACUUAUUCUGUUAGUAGCAGCAAUUCCUCCUAUCCUUCUGUCCGUUCAGGAGAUGCCCAAAAUAGAAUGAAAAAAGAAGGAGACACUACCAGUGGAGUCUCUGCUCAGACCACUGCUAGAAGAACUGGAUAUGAAUAUAAAUCUGAAGCUUCAAAAGGAGUGACACCUCCCACUACUAGCAAGUCUGCUGGUACGAUUUCGUCUCAUAAAGAAACUAAAAAUAUAAAUAACCUAGCCAGUAGUACUUCAAAGUAUGAUGAAUCACGUCCUCCUUAUGCAAAACAAAAAUCAGGUAAACCUCAUUCUCCUUCUGCAGUGACAAAAGAAAAAUUAACAGGCGGUAGUCUAAAAAGUGGAACAGCAGCAGCAACUUCAAGCAGUCAUCAUUUGCCACCUACUGGAGCUGGUAGACCAUCAUCAUCACAUAAAACCAACAAAGGGAAUGGUAUUCAUUCACGGAGUCCUAUACCUGUCAACAAGCAAGGGAAUGGAAGAAAAGUUACACCACAGAAAACAACACCUCGUCAAAAACCAGCAGUAUUCAAAGAAAUGAUUGAUCCAAGACAUGAAAUAACACCAACUAAAAGCAGUCAUCGUUUGAAACUUAAAAGCAGGCCAGUAUCAGGAAACAGAAAUGCUAAAGAGAAUGCCAAUCCUCCAGCAGCUAUUACUAUCAGCAAGCAAAGUACUGCUGCAGGGAACAGGUUAAAUUUAGAUUCAAACAGCAGGAGUAAAAUAUCUGAUAGAGGUAGCAGUUACACACCACUAAUAUAUCCCAAAAAGGUCAGUCCAAGACCAGCAAAGGACAUAAUGGCAUCUCAAGCCUCAAGUAUCAAAACACCAAUGAGAGCAGUAACUUUAGUAAAAGAUUAUUUUAAAAGUCACACCACAGGCCCAUCACCAACAGACGCUAGCAUUUUACCAAACAAGCCACAUAAAUCUAAUAAAGGUCCUGUCAGAUCACCAAUUCAUGACUAUGCAACUCCACUUACUCCAGGAGUUGCUGGCUAUGGUGGCAUUCCUCUACCUCAAGGUGACCGCCCACAAGGUUGCUCUAAUUCUGGAUCUAGAGCUAGCAAGUAUAAACGGCCAGAGACACCAAGAUCAAGGCCAACUAAAAUAGAUGCUACAUUUAGACCAGGGCCCACAAUAAGGAAACCAACUAAUAUUAACAGGCCAACUAAAGAACAAUCGCCAGUUGCUGUAUCACCUAAUCCAUGUCAAACAUCACCAGUAUCAUCAACUCAAUUUAUAGUACAACAAGCUAGUCAACAACAAGAUGAUUUACAACAUAAACUAAGAUCUGGUGCGACGUAUGACUACCCAACAGGUAGUAGAGUAGAGCCUGAACAACUGAGACAAAAAAGAAGAAUAGAUGUAGUUCUGUGUGAAUCGCGUGGGGGUGGAGCUGUGACAAGAGUACAAAAACUUCAAAAGAGAAAGUAG